UAGAAAGACUUCCGGUCUUAUUAGUGUGUUUUCUCAUUAGGCCUGGUCUAUGGUUUUCUUCACAGAUUUUGGAGACAUGAUGCGGAAAAUUUUCAUGCUACUUGCUUUGGCAUUUCUACUCCCUAAUGUCAAUGCAAAAUGCACACCUGGGGAUGGAUAUUUCCUUAAAACAACCAGAGUUAUUCCUAGAAACUAUAAGGAAUAUUUAAAGUUUACUAAAGAUAUAAAGUGUGUGCCGGAUGAUCUGCAAGUCCACUAUGCUGUAGACAGCUGGGGAAAGGAAACUUUGAUGGGUUGCUUUUGUAGCAGACCAAUAUUUGGAAACUGUCUUGAAAUGAACAAAGGAAAAAAGUGGAUAAUCCAACCAUUGCAGUAUACCAAUUGUACAGUGUUUGAUUUAUCACCAUGCAAUGGAACCUACAUUUCAGUUUUUAGUUACCUCUGGUUUCAGUGUUUUGAUUUUUAUGGUGGAAAUUUGUCACUGGUAUAUGUGACAAAUGAGAAUGACUUUCUAAGGAGAGAAAUCGAAGAACUAAAGAAUGAUAUUGCCAUCCACCAGACAAAUAACAAAGUUUAUGACACAGACAGUGUUAAUUAUUGGGCUAUUUUCUGUAUAAUGUUUUUGGUUUCUUUUAUUUUAAGUGUGAUUGUAAAUAUUUAUCAGUACAAAACUAAUAGAUGUAAGUCAAAAGAUAAACUUGUGUCAUUUAGAAAAGAAAGAGUUCAAUCAGAAGAUGUAAUAGAAACUGAAGAGUUGAACCCAUCAAAUGCAAAUAUUGUUAUUUUAAAUCCAAGUAACACACAACCAGAGGAUAGUGCUUAUAAUGAUAUGAAUGAAAAGAAUAAUAUUUAUCAUACUCUGAAUUCCAAAGAGUCUAAAAUAUUUAGUGUUGAUGUACAUGAAAAUGGUACAUGUAUUGAUGCAGCUUUAGUUGAUGACAGUGUUAAAGAUAUUGAAUUGUAUCAAGAGUAUCAAUAAAUUAAAAAUUAUAUUCAACAAUUUUGCCCCUAUGCAUUUUGCUUUGUUAAGUGACACACAUUUGUAACUUUUGUUAUCCUUAUAACUUUGUUAACACUUUAUUUUCAACUUUAUAAGCACUUUUGUUUUUGCUUUAUUAUUUUAAUGCCUUAUAUAUGUAUUGUGGUCACAGUUUAUUCCGACAUGUACUCAAAUGAUUUUGAUAUUUGUCAUUAUUUGUUGCUCUUAUUUACCAUCAAAGUUGCAUAGCCAAACCAAUGCUAUUCUGUAUCUUUGAUUUUAGAAACAUUGCAUUUGUACAAAAUAUAUAUCUACAGAAUACAUUGAUUUGUAAACUUUUGCAAAUAUUGUAUACUUUAAAAACUUAAUGUAUAACUGUGACAAUUUAAAUGUGUAAUUAUAUACAUGUAGGGAGAAGGUGUAAGUUUUCAGAAACUGUGAUCAAUCCCUUUGUAAUUAAUAUAAAUUACAAUAAAAUAUGUUGAAAUCAAAUCAACUUUUUGUUGAAAUUCAUGACCCCUUGGUACAAUCUCAAAUGUGGGGAUUACAGUUGUAUGUGGUCAUAUUGUAGAAGUUGAAAACAUUGUGAUGUUUUAAUUUCACUAAUUUUGAAAAUGAAGAAUUUUCCAUGAAAAAUUAAGCAAUUGUGAAUAUUGAUGAUACAUUAAUGUAGUAUUCAAUUAUGCUCUGCCGAGUGUAUAUUUAAUAGUAAUGCAACGUGAAAAUUUGUUUUAGUGUAUGAAGUUUGA